AUGGGUAAUUAUGUAAAUUUUCGGACUAGUCCAACAGCUAAGGAGUCGGAUAAGCAUCUGACUCCCAUACAAAUACCUUCUAAACAUUCUAAAGUACAAAAUAUUGACCCACGUUCGCCCAGUGAUGGGAUAGUGCGGACCCCGAUCCAAAUAGACAGAAAUGACAUAUCCUCACCGUUUGAUGUUACUCGCACACCGACCGAAUCGUCCAGUAGGUAUAAUCCUGGGACCCCCUACUUUAACAGCUAUGAAAUUCCGGACGGUGUUUUGACUGAAGACGAUUCUAUUCAUCGAGGUGACAAGUCAUCCUCGUUGUCGGAUACCGAAGUUACUAACAAUACAAAGACUACAACUCACACAAGUGACUCAAACAAUCGAUUCAGAGUAUCCUGGUUAGAGAAACGCAUAAAGCGAAAAUCUUUGUAUGAUUCACCUGGUCUGUUUGUCAGAUUUCGACACAAGCAGAACUAUGAAAAGUGUAAAACAAAGGACGAACAGGUGUACCAAGAAAAUCUGACAAAUUUAACAAAUAGUUCAUAA